AUGUAUAGAAAGCCAGAUUUAUUUAUUACAUUUAAAUGUUUCAAAACAACUGAUAAGCCUGAUAUUGUAGUAAGAGUAUUUUCAAUGAAAUUUUAUGAGCUAAUAACAAUGUUAAAAAAAGGUUUUUUUGGUAAAGAACAACAUCUUUUUUAUUCAGUUGAAGUUCAAAAAAAAAGAUUACCUCAUGCUCAUAUACUUUUAAAAAUUAAAAAUUUUCAAAAAUCAUCUUCAAAUAUAGAUAAAAUUGUAUGUGCAGAAUUACCUGAUCAAAAAAAAGAUCCACAUUUAUUUGACUACGUAGUAAGACAUAUGUUACAUCAAAAUUGUAUGGAAAUGAAUGAAAAAUUUGUAUGUUGGAGAUUGAGCAAAAAUAAAUGUUCAAAUAUUCCUCAAUCUAAGAUUUUUAAAGGAAAUGAUAUAGAAUUUUUUGAAACAAUUUCUCAUAGCAAUCAUAUAGAUAUAUCAAAAAAUUGCAACUCAGUAAUACUUGCUACUUGA